CACUGCCCCAAAUGCCCUCCACACGUGUGUUUUAUGUCUCUUCAUUUUCUCAGCACUCCCACACACUGCGCCUUCCUCUACAAGACUCUCUCCACUAGUAGGUUUCGUAUUCUGAUCUCCACAACCUCCAUGUCUUACAGGCCCAACUUCCAAGGCGGCCGUCGCGGCGGAGGCCCCGCCGGUCGCGGAGGUGGUGGCCGCGGUGGCGGUGGCGGUGGCGGUGGCGGACGAGGACGAGGACGAGGACGCGGCGAGCAGCGGUGGUGGGACCCUGUCUGGCGAGCCGAGCGUCUGGGCCAAAAAGCAGCUGAGAUGGAGGUUAUGGAUAAGAAUGAGUGGUGGGGUAAAAUGGAGCAGAUGAAGAGAGGCGGAGAACAGGAGAUGAUAAUCAAGCGUCAUUACAGUCGAGGGGACCAGCAAAUUUUGUCUGAUAUGGCUUACGAAUUAGGGCUUUACUUCCAUGCGUAUAACAAAGGGCAGACACUUGUUGUGAGCAAAGUUCCAUUGCCGAAUUACCGUGCAGAUCUUGAUGAACGUCAUGGAUCCACACAGAAAGAGAUACGAAUGUCUACAGAAAUUGAGAGAAAAGUUGGGAAUCUAUUGGAUAGCUCAAAAGGGUCAGUUUCUGUAGAUAAUGUCCCUGGUGCAUCCUCUCAGAUUGCCAAACAGUCAGUGCCCAAUGUAGAUAUUUUACAACCAGUCUCUGUGUUGGAGAUUGAUACUGGCAACGAGAGACUUAGUGUUGAACUCAAAGAAAGACAAGAGAAAAUGAAGGCCCGUGACAGCGGAAAGGCAAUGCGCUCGUUCAGAGAAAGGCUGCCUGCAUUCAAAGUGAAAUCUGAGUUUUUAAAAGCUGUUGCCGCAAAUCAGGUAUUGGUAGUUUCUGGAGAGACAGGCUGUGGCAAAACUACACAACUCCCUCAAUUCAUUCUUGAGGAUGAGAUUUCAUCUCUUCGUGGUGCCAAUUGCAACAUAAUGUGCACUCAACCUCGUCGUAUAUCAGCAAUUUCUGUUGCAGCUCGAAUAUCCUCUGAAAGGGGAGAGAGUCUUGGUGAAAGUGUUGGUUACCAGAUCCGUCUGGAAUCAAAAUGCUCAGCUCAAACACGGUUGCUAUUUUGCACCACUGGAGUGUUGCUUCGAAAGCUGGUUCAGGACCCUGUUUUAACUGGAGUUAGCCAUUUGCUAGUGGAUGAAAUCCAUGAAAGAGGCAUGAAUGAGGACUUUCUCUUAAUAAUUUUGCGUGACCUUCUUCCUCGUCGUCCAGAUCUCCGUCUUAUUCUAAUGAGUGCGACCAUUAAUGCUGAAUUAUUCUCCAAAUACUUUGGAAAUGCCCCGACUAUUCAUAUCCCGGGCCUCACGUUCCCUGUGGCAGAGUUGUUUCUUGAAGACGUGUUGGAGAAAACUCAUUACAGUAUCAAAUCAGAAUUUGACAACUUUCGAGGGAGUUCAAGGAGGAGGAGACAACAAGAGUCUAAGAAAGAUCCUAUGACUGAAUUGUUUGAGGAUGUUGACAUUGAUUCUCACUACAAAAGCUACAACACGACUACUAGACAAUCUCUUGAAGCUUGGUCGGGCUCGCAACUUGAUUUGGGUCUUGUGGAAUCAACAAUAGAACACAUCUGUCGUCGUGAAGGUGAUGGAGCCAUUCUUGUAUUCCUCACUGGUUGGGAUGACAUUUCUAAGCUGCUUGAAAAAAUUAAAGCAAACAGUUUACUUAGAGAUCCCAGCAAGUUUCUUGUUCUUCCUCUUCAUGGUUCAAUGCCUACCAUCAAUCAACGUGAAAUAUUUGAUCGCCCACCUGCCAAUGUGAGAAAAAUUGUGCUAGCGACAAACAUUGCUGAGAGUAGUAUAACCAUAGAUGAUGUUAUAUAUGUCAUAGAUUGUGGAAAGGCAAAGGAGACUAGUUAUGAUGCUCUAAACAAGCUGGCUUGUCUGUUGCCAUCAUGGAUCUCAAAGGCCUCAGCACAUCAGAGACGUGGUCGUGCGGGUCGUGUGCAACCUGGAGUUUGUUAUAGAUUGUAUCCAAAAUUGAUCCACGAUGCGAUGCCCCAGUAUCAACUGCCUGAAAUUCUUCGAACACCUUUGCAAGAGCUAUGCCUGCAUAUUAAAAGUUUGCAGCUUGGAGUCAUUGGAUCAUUUUUAGCGAAGGCACUUCAGCCUCCAGAUGCCCUCUCCGUUCAAAAUGCGAUUGAACUUCUUAAAACAAUUGGGGCUCUAGAUGAUAAUGAAGAGCUCACUCCACUUGGUCGCCACCUGUGCACUCUGCCUUUGGACCCAAAUAUUGGAAAGAUGCUUCUCAUGGGUUCAAUCUUUCAAUGCCUUAAUCCUGCAUUAACAAUUGCUUCUGCUCUGGCACACCGUGAUCCAUUUGUCCUCCCAAUAAAUAGGAAAGAGGAAGCUGAUGAUGCAAAGAGAUCCUUUGCUGGUGAUUCUUGCAGCGAUCACAUUGCGCUUCUCAAAGCAUUUGACGAAUGGAAGGAUGCAAAACAUUAUGGAAAGGAAAAAGCCUUCUGUUGGGAAAAUUUUCUAUCUCCUGUAACAUUACAGAUGAUGGAGGAUAUGAGAAGCCAGUUUCUGGAUCUAUUGUCAGGAAUUGGCUUUGUAGAUAAAUCCAGAGGUCCUAAUGCUUAUAACCAAUAUAGUAAUGAUUUGGAGAUGGUAUCUGCAAUCCUUUGUGCUGGGCUCUACCCGAAUGUUGUGCAGUGUAAAAGAAGAGGAAAGCGGACCGCGUUCUACACUAAAGAAGUCGGGAAAGUUGACAUCCAUCCUGCAUCUGUAAAUGCUGGUGUUCAUCUUUUCCCUCUUCCUUACAUGGUUUAUAGCGAAAAGGUGAAGACAACCAGCAUAUAUAUAAGAGAUUCCACAAAUAUAUCAGACUAUGCUCUACUUAUGUUCGGUGGUAAUCUCAUUCCUAGCAAAACUGGUGAAGGUAUUGAAAUGCUUGGAGGGUACCUUCAUUUCUCCGCUUCAAAGAGCGUGUUGGAGUUGAUACGGAAAUUGCGAGGGGAGCUUGACAAGCUUCUGAAUAGGAAGAUUGAGGAACCCGGGCUGGAUGUCUCUGUCGAGGGAAAGGGAGUGGUUGCUGCUGUGGUUGAGUUACUGCAUAGUCAGAGUGUACAGUAUUGAGAUUCUCUACCUUUCUUAGAACUGAACACUUAGAAAUAGGAGCACUUCGGUUGUUUAGAUAUAUAUACAAAACUUAGAACUUAUUUUGUACUACUAUUAUUAUUGUAAUUCGAGGUUAAAAGAGAAUUUUGUCCGGGAAUUUUCUAGGAUAUGUUGAGCACUGGUUCAACUGAAAUUUAUAUUUUAAUAAAAGAAAAGCUUGUUUCUACUAA